AGAAGUAGCAUGGCGACGGGAGCGAAGGCGCUGAGCGCCAUCGAGUUCUUGCGACUAUGCGGCCGCCUCAAAACGCUCAAGCGCACUGGAUGGGUGAACAACAAGGUGGCGCUGCCCGAGUCUGUGGCCGACCACAUGUACCGCAUGAGCAUGUGCUGCAUGCUGCUGGACGACGCCAAUGAGACCGUGAACCGCCCCAAGUGCAUUAAGAUGGCCAUUGUGCACGACUUGGCGGAGUCGCUGGUGGGUGACAUCACACCUCACGACGGAGUCGCCGAGGAGGACAAGCACCGCAUGGAAAAGGAGGCGCUGGACGAGAUCUGCAACACUUUGGGGGACACCCCGUCCGCCGCUGAGAUCCGAUCGCUCUGGAACGAGUACGAGGCUGGAUCCACCGAGGAGGCCAAGAUCGUCAAGGACUUCGACAAGUUCGAGAUGAUCCUCCAAGCGGACGACUACGAGCGAGCCCACAACGUCCCUCUGGACGACUUCUUCCAGAGCACCAAGGGCAAGUUCCGCACGCCGCUGGUCCAGUCCUGGGUGGAGGAGCUGACCACGCAGCGCGACGCGCGCCUCGGCAAGGAGAAGAAGUAAGGCUGCCUCGAGCCAGUGCCGCUAAUAGUUGAAGGCGCAGCAUGUCGUUGCAGGCAGUGAGCAUUCACACGUCUUC